GUCAGUCGCACGUGGUCUUUCCGGCAUACAGGCACGAACUUUCGUCGUCUAUUCGGAAUCUGAUUCAGUUUAUCGCAAUCCGUUUUACCGUACGGUUAUUCAGGAUAACGAAGUGUAUUUAUACAGUUAGCCUACGUUUGUUUACAUUUAUCGGUAUAUUUUUUUUUUAAAUAAGUGAGGCAGCCAAAAAGGUUGUUGCCUUUGAGGAGAACAGAAACGUUAUCGGCAGUCAAAGAACUCUUGUCUUGUCUGUACAGCCUUAGAGUCCCCCAGAAAUCAAAAUAGGCUACUACGACCAACCGAUCAAAAUGGCUCUACAAGCUGCUGAAGGACCAAUAAGAUAUGGGAUUACUUCCGAAUGGGACCGAUUGGCUUCUUAUAGAAACACACAUCGUAUGGAUACGGAACAGGAUAAUUUACCAAAAGAUCCUAGACAAUGGACCAGAGAAGACGUAGGCCAAUGGCUAAGACACAUCACCACCAUCCAUAACCUGCCUGAGGUGCCGUCAUCCAGAUUCUUAAUGAAUGGAAAAGCCCUUUGCUUGAUGUCUCCCAGCAUGUUCCUAUCCAGAGUCCCAUUGGGAGGAAAGUUACUAUAUAAAGAUUUCCAGUUGCGGCUGUGUGCAGCUAUGUACUCCAGAAAUUAAGUUAUAAUGUUUAUUUUUAACAACGGGUAAAAAUGUGAAUAACACCUUUAUUAUGGUUAUCUUUUGCCAGUUUGUAAAGUUAUGUAAUGGAAUAUCUUAAUCUUAGCACAUUACCAGAUGUAUGAAGUGUAAAUGUUGGUUUAGAGCAAUGGAGUUUAGUAGACUGAUUUUAAUUUUAGGGUUUUAUUAAGACAGUUUCUUGUUUGUAUAUAUGCGUUUUUUCCUAGUCAUGUAAAUAGUUGAAAAGGUUAUUUAAUUUUUAAAAGUUUUUUUUUUGUAAAUUUCUUAGUGUAGUAAGAAUAUUGAGUUGGUAAUAAAUAUAUUUUCAAAAA